CUGGCCAACUCACAGGAGCUACCUGCUGGCCGUAUUUAAGCCCGCGGGUUUAUGACCACACCAAACAGUCGACGACGAACCGUCAGCCGAAGAGCAUUCCACUCCAUAAUUCACAUUACGAAAACCAAAAACCAAAAGAGAACCAUGGGUUGUUGUGCGAGCAGCUUGAAGCUCAAGGAGCUGAGCCUGAACAGCAGCAUCUACGUGGCCGCCGGAGGAUCCUCAUCCGAUAGACGCUCCCUGAAGCGCUUGUACAGCAGCCGGAACAGCAGCGGAGUGGGCAGCAGCUCCUCCUCCUCCUCCGCUUGCAACUCCUCGAAGAACUCCAGUCGCAGCAUCUGGAGCCGCUCCAGCCAGCCGAUCUGCGACGACUUCGCCGAACAGCCGCAACUGGAGAGGUCCUGCGGCUACUACACCUGCAGCAGUGCCGACUCCUCGCCGCGCAAGAGUCGCCAGGAGUUCGACGAGGAGAUGGAGAUGCAGAAGGAGCAGGAGCAGGAGGUCCUGAUGCGCACCCAGGACAUGAGCAGGAGCGAGCAGUCCCGCCACUCCGUGCAGUCCGACCAGACGGCGGGCAACCUGCAGUGGGAGAUGUACAUGAUGCAGCGGACGCAGUGCAUCAUGCCCAAGACCUCCUCGCCGAUCAGCCAGCGGAGAGCCGGCGGUCAGAUGCCGGCCUCCUCCUACCAGAAGUGGCGCAACUACCUCCAGUCGACGCCCGCGCACAUGCUGCACAACGUGACCCACAUCCCGGAGGCGAUCGCCGGCCACUUCUGCCCCACCACCGGCUUCCCGGGCUUCAGCGAUCUCGAGGAGAUGGAGAGCGCGGCCAAGCGGUUCAAGGUGGACUGCGCGGAGGAGGAGGAGGAGCAGCCGCUGGAGGAGCCGCUGUACACCACCUACCAGCUGCUGGCCGGGCACACGCACACCAUAUCCACGGACCUGUGAGAGUCCCGAACCCAAUCCCGCCGACUCCGCCUGGUUCGAAGUGGCCCGGGAAUUGUAAUCCCCGCAAGCACUGGCAACAGGUGUGCCAGCUGUCAAACAGUUGGGCAAUCGAACAAUCAUUCCACCCUCAGCGAUUCCAUUGCCCAGCAAUGGUCAAUCGUGUGUACGGUUUAACAAUACUAAACCCUUUUUUUUUGCACUGUAUUUCAUACAACUUAGA